AUGUCCUUCGCUCUUUCGGAUAAAGAGCCUCAAAAUGCACCCACCGAGGUGGAUGGGAUAAACCUGGAAGAAAUUCGUGAAUUUGCAAAGAAUUUUAAGAUCCGGCGAUUGUCCCUUGGCUUGACGCAGACACAGGUUGGACAAGCACUGAGUGCUGCAGAGGGACCAGCAUACAGCCAGUCAGCUAUCUGCAGGUUUGAGAAAUUGGACAUCACUCCUAAAAGUGCACAGAAGAUCAAGCCAGUUCUAGAAAGAUGGCUGACAGAAGCAGAAAUACGACACCGUGCGGGCAUACAGAACCUCACUGAGUUCGUUGGUAGUGAACCUUCAAAGAAACGCAAACGACGCACAUCUUUCACACCACAGGCCCUGGAAAUCCUUAACGCCCACUUUGAGAAAAAUACACACCCCACAGGUCAGGAAAUGACAGAGAUAGCCGAGCAGCUGAACUACGACCGAGAGGUGGUUAGGGUGUGGUUCUGCAACAAGAGGCAGACUUUAAAAAACACCAUCAAGCGACUGCAGCAGAAUGACACGGCGGGAACAGGUUCAGUUGAACGAUUAUCGGACUCCACAGUAAACAUUGCUGGAACAGGCUGACCUACAGAAGACUCUUUCAAACAAAGUCAGGAUCAGCACAUGAGUUCGCCUAUGAUGCCUUCCAACUCCUUGUAUAGGCACACACACUUUGGACAAGGCACCAGAGGGAGUGGCUUUGUUCAGGCCUCAAGAUGGACUACUGCAAGUCCACUUUGAUUUUAAAUGCCCAGAGAAAAACAUCAUUGGGGAUAUAAGAGGUGUGGUGAGUGUGAUGUGAAACAAAAACUGUGAGUACAGUUGCCUUUUCCUGCUAAGUGAUUGAUGCAUUAAUAGCUGUUGGGAAAGUGUGGUCAGUAACUUAAUAAAGGGAGCAUAAUGUUUUGAGUUGUGUACAACUGGAAAAGAUUGAGGAAGAUAACAUGAGGAAAUGAGAACUGUCACAUAAAGCCUACAAAAAUAUAAUUUCCUUAAACAACAGGGUGGAGAAGAUAGUAAAAGUUUCUUAUUGUUGGUUUCAAGUGAGCACCUAUUUAUGCUCAUGAGAUCUCAUUCUUAGAGGUGGCGUAAGUAAUCAGUAGCAAAACAAUGAUUGAACGUAUGCAUUAAUUACUAAUGAACUAUAGUUAGUAGUUACAUUUCAUAUGUCUAUUCUAUUUAUACUGCAAGUAUAAAAAAAACUUUUCGAAGCAGAAACUCGUUUGUUUUUAAUGUUUUUUCAUUUGCGUUUUGGAAGGAUUUGUCAAAAUCUGGUAAACUUCUGUUCUGAUUUUAAAAAAAACAGAAAUUUUGCUGUAAAUCCUCAUUUAGGCCUCCACCUUUGAAGGAGAGUGAAACGACAAUUUAGAUUGACUUACUUCGGGCAGAGUCCUGAAUUUGAGGUGAACUGCUCUAACAGGUAUUGGGAGCUUGAUUGUCCAACUUCAAGAAAGCUGUAUAAGUACCUAGAGAAAACAAAUAACAAGUUGUGGAUAUGAGAAUUGUGGUGGGAUAUGAUCAUUUCUAAAUACAGAGAACAACCAGAUUGGCUUUUUUCUAAUCCCGUACAAAAAAUAUGGAGCAAAAUAUUGAUUCUGUGGAUUACCUGGAUAGAUGAUACUGCAUCAUAAUCUUCAUCUGUCAAUUCCAAAAAUCCCUGAAAAAGCAGGUUAAGAAAUCUGGUAAAUUGUUUUAACAUCUGUGUGUCUACGUGUAUACGCACAGAGACAUGUAACAUGACAAACACAGCGGAGUUUCUUCACACAUUGUAAACUCCAUGAUUUUAAUGUUCUUUCUGUCUUUGUUGUUGAUACUAAUUAGUUCCUCCAAAACAUUUUGAUUCCUUUCAUCAGUUGUGGAAGAUUUCUGAAAUAAUUAAAAUAUAUGAUUUGCAGUGAAACCUGUCGUUAUUAGUGGAAAGAAUACCACAGCUUUCUCAAAUAUGCUGCAAAAGAACUACAUUUAUAUUUUCAGUAAGAAAGAACUGAACCUUUAUAAAGUGUUGAUUGUGCUAAGGGAAAUCUCUUUGAACAAGAAGUUGGCAGCCAUGGAGCAUCAGUUUCACAGAGACAAACACUCCAGAGAUAUACAAUGUAACUCUAACUUGCUGCAAAUCCCAUCCUGUAAACUACAGGAGUUUUUUUUUUAAGAGCUGUGAAACUACCUGCAUCCAAGUCUGACUGGCAUGAACCUCUGAUGGUAAUUUCCUUCAGAUUUCAGUUCAAAUUCCAGAUGAUCAUAUUUCACCACAGCCAUAUUAACCUGACUGAAUGCAAUCUCUAAUGUGUUGAAAUUACGGAGCAAUGAAAUUUGUAAAAUGACAUUGUUUUUUUAAAAACCUGCUGCUCAGUAUUCUGAACAACUCAAAUAAAGCAAUGCAGUCAUCAGCAUUCAGUUCACCGUAUUGAAAACUGGCGUCUUUGAUUUGCUUCACCAUCCCACUCCAUUUUUGUAUUUACUGAAAAUUGUAAGUAGUUUAAAAUAUACUAGAGAUAAGAUGAAAUGGAUGAUUAUUUUUUAAAAGUGACUCCCUGACAUGAAAGGGUGCAAUAAGUUCAUGAUCUCUUAAUGAUUAAUUGUAGUGUUUUUUUCUUUGUCGCUGAGUUUAAAUUCUAAAGAUUGUAAUUAGUAGUCAAAGAAAUCAGUAACGGAAAAGUUCCCCAGGUCUGCAAGCAAUAUAUAAUUGUGAAUAAUGGUCUGUUACUAAUUAUUUGUGGAUAGAAGCUGAAAGAAUAAUAAAGCAUUAU